AUGAGUUCAUCUGCCGCCUCGACGUUCUCUGUACUCCCUCGGUAUCUUCAGCAUCGAAUUGACAAGGUGUACAUAUCCACAGCAAAAUCGCACCAUCUCAUCGAGACACCACCUUUGAAGAAGACGAAACCAAUUGCAUCCACUUCGUCUGGAGGCGGUGGAUUUCUUGUUGAAGAUGACCCAGGCGAAGCAGAUGAUGAGAUAGACGCGUCCCAGAUCCCUAAUAUUCCCAUGUCAUCUAUCCCAUCUGCUCUGCAACUCCUUGACCUACCUCCCGAUGACGAACAAGUCUUGACCAUAUUUCGCCAGGCCGCAUCAGGUUGGGAAGAGGGCGCGAGCCCGUCCACAGAGUUGUCUGUUAGUAUGGAUGAUUGGCGCGCUGUUUGUGCCAUCUUACUCGAACAUCAUGCACAAGAGUAUGCAGAUAGUGAUGGGGACGCAAUUUCCCGUCCAAUCAGUGACCUAGGCAGUGACUACGAAGCGGGGGACGUUGAUAUGGAGGAACCUUCGGAUGACGACGAUGACUAUGUGGAGGAAGCACCGGCGCGUCGACGCACGCGUCCUACCACCCGCACACGCGAUUCGGACUCGGAUUCUGAUUUUACGAACCCCAAACAAUUGACCAAACGACAAAAGCAAACUUGUCUCGAGAAUUUCGCGCUUUUCUUCCCUAACGCGACGCCCGAGGACUUGCCCCGCCAGAAAAUAAUGAUCAGCGACAUUCAGCGUGUCGCGAAAUUGCUCAACGAAAAGCUGAAAGCUGAAGAGAUUAUUGAAAUGCUCGAAAUUUUCUCUUCUGCGCCGGACAAGUCAAUGACUUUGGCAGAUUUCGAGCGCAUGAUGAUUACUGCAAAGUUAGCGUAG